ACAAAAGUAUGAACACAUGCAUAUAAUCCUGUUAAGUUGUAGAAAGUUUACAAACAAAAACAUUGUGUAACGACGCUAUAUCGUCAGAAAUUAAUAUUAGCUUGAAUAAGCUUUUCUUUACAAAACUAACACAAUCCUAAUUUCAUGAAGUAGUAUUAUUUUAAGUCAUGGAUAAUUACUGUGAUCCUUUCGGCUUUACUAAACAAACAGCUAUUUUAUUGCGUGGCUUAGAUGCAUCUGAAUUAAUACCUUCAUGCAAGAAAAGAAAUAUAUCAACUGAUGUAUUACACGAACUCAGUGUACAGGAGUUUAUGAUAUUAGGUGCUGAUUCCAAAAAGGCUGAAGAAAUAAAAAAGGCUUUAAGUAUAAGAAGAAAAUCUGGUGUAAUAGUAACAAGUAUUCAAGACAGACUUGAUGAUUUUUUUGAAAUAAUUACAUACGGUGAGCAACAUUUAUGUUCUAUAUCACCAUUUCUAACAUAUUGGCGAUUGAGACUUGUAACCGAAAGAAUCAAUAUAUUUGUUAAUCCUGACAAAUGCUUAAGCGCAUCUCAUAUAUUACCCAUUUCCAUUGAUGCAACAUUAUCGGAAUUUGAAAAAACNNUGGAAAAUCUUACAGAGUUAAAAAAAUUAAUUUCAAGGUUCAGUCGUAGUAAGAUGGACGGUGGAGCGUACGGUGGAGGAAAGGCAGGAGCCCCUUUCGACCCCAUUGCCUUCGUUCAAAGGCCUCAAGUCAUCCUAAGAGCAGUAUGCUUGCUCUUUGCAAUAAUCGUAUUCGGAUGCAUAAGCAACAAGGGAUACAUUACAAAAGAAGGAGGAGAGGAGGUUUGUCUCUACAACGGGGAUCACAAUGCUUGUAAUUAUGGAAUAGGAAUCGGAGUCCUUGCCUUUCUUGCUAGCAUCGGAUUCCUUAUCGGGGAAUACCUAUUCGAGCAGAUGUCCUCUGUUAAAACCAGAAAGCAUUUCGUCCUUCUUGACCUGGGAUUUUCAGGUUUUUGGGCAUUCCUCUACUUCGUUGGAUUUUGUUAUUUAACCAAUGCUUGGAACAAAUCAGAAAAACCGGACAAUAACUAUGGAGUGAACAAUGUCCAGAGUGCUAUUGCCUUUUCCUUCUUCUCCAUUUUUACCUGGGCUGGCUGUGCCUGGUUCGCCUUCCAAAGAUUCAAGCAAGGAACCGAUGCUGCUUUUGCACCUAGUUAUGAGGCAGAUCCUGUUGGAGGCACAGGCUAUACAAGUUAUCCUGAUGCAACUGAUACUGGAUAUCAAGACCCUCCAUUCGGCCAACAACAACAGCAACAGCAGCAGCAACAACGGAUGCCUGAAUUCCAAGCACCAGCUUACUAACCCCUUCAGACAUAAUCUGAGACUAUUGAUACAACGCAAGAAUCAAUAGAUGAAAAGAAGACAAGAGCUCCAUAUGAAACUCUUCGACUACUCGAUAGAUCAUUGAGCAAUGUCAAUAGAGUAAGUUUUCAUAGUAAGACAAUUAUAGUGAAUGAAAGAAAGGGAGGACAAGGCAAAGGAGAUUGAAUAUGAAAACAGAUGAGAAGGAGAUAGGAGAGGGAAAGAACAGAAGAGAGAAUCUAUGCCUGCUUGAAUAUGUGUGUAUGUAUGUGUAAAAGAAUACAUAGUAUGCAUGGAUCUAUGAGUGCAAGACAAGAAACGUUACUUGUUGAAACUGUGCUUCUUAUUGUUGACCACUUACUAAGUCUUACACCUGAGAUCGAUAUGGCGUAAGCAUAAACGAAGAACAAACAAAACAGAAAAAAUAAUUGGCUUGAUGCCCUUGAGUACACAUUUGAGAUUGAAAUAAAAAGAAGAAUUGUAAAAGUACAGAAAAAUGAAGACGGAAAGGAAGGAAGAAAGAUGGGCACUCACCAUCCACAAAAUUAUAUAUAUAUAUAUAUUAAUAUAAAUAUAAAUGCAUAUAUAUAUAUAUGAAUAUAAUGUAUAAGGUGUAUCGAAAAUAGAUCUGUACAAGUGAAAAAUAUAAGAAUUCCGUAUUAGUGAAAGAAAUGGUUCUUAAGUUUUGAGUUUUUUUUAAUUUAUAUAAUUAAAGUGUUCAAUUUGCACGCAGCUUUGUUAUCUAAUGAGGAAUGUUUAAAGUGAACGCACAGCUGCACUGUACUUAAUCGUAGCCAGUGAAUGGCAACAAAAAAUUUCACUUUUAGAGAAAUUUCUAUGUUUUUCAUUUGUAUCACUGUUUUCAGAAUGCCAUGUGUAUGUACACGUAUGUAUGUAAACAUAUUACAUAUAUACAUACAUGUAAUGUAAACGGAUUCAGGAUAGCAGCUCUGUAAUAAUUCUUAAGUAGUUACAUGCACAUAUAUUUUACUGUGUUAUAUCGUGUUCAUAAAAAAUCGCGGAUACGAUUGUACCUUUUCAAUACGCAGGACCUAUCAGAAAUUAAGUCAGUUAGGCAUCUUAUUUCUUAGUCCAUUUAUCAUACACGACACAAUAUUACUAGCAAAUCUAUCAUUAGUGAUUCGCCACAUGCCACAUCUGUGUAUCAGCGAGUUACAAGUAACUCUUUUGUAAAUGUACUAAAAGCCAAAAUUUGAUUAUUAACUCGAUGUGAUGUGUCGUGUAUCUCAAUUACGAUAAUUGGAUUCCAAUACGUAUUAUAAAAGUUAAAUAUAAAACUGAGAUUGUUCUGUUAUA